AUGGCAGAUCUUCCAAUGGAUCGUGUGUCACCUAUCACACCAUUUACGCAUGUCGGUGUCGACGUAUUCGAGCAUUGGGACAUUGUUAACCGCAGGACCAGGGCCGGUACAGCUGGAAGCAAGCGCUGGACGGUGCUAUUUACUUGCCAGUCAUGUAGGGCUAUCCACAUCAAGUUGCUUGAGGAAAUGAGUUCCUCAUCGUUUAUAAACGCAGUUAGAAGGUUCUAUGCUAUUCGAGGGAAAGCUGCUUUUUGUUCCGACCGAAGGACUAAUUUUGUUGGUGCCACCACAGAUCUGGGAGUUACAGCAAUCUUUAUAGAGGACCGAAAUGUCAAGGAAUUUCUCCGUGAAUCUGGCACCAUCUGGGGAUUUAACCCGCCUCAUGCGUCACACUUUGGAGGCUCUUGGGAACGCAUGAUUGGUGUUGCAAGACGCAUACUAGACUCAAUGUUGCUCAACAACAAUCGUAAUCUAACGCACAGAGUUUUAUCUACUUUCAUUGCCGAAGUUAUAGCAAUAAUCAACGCACGACCAUUGGUUCCUGUUUCGACAGAUGCAGAUGACCCAUUUGUCCCGUCUCCAGUGACCAUUUUGACACAGAAAACAGGAAGUCGGGUUGAGUCUUUCGGACACUUGGACCAGAAGAACAUAAUUUGA